CCAUUGUUUUUAGUAUAAUUUGCAAAUUUGGACGGCAUUGAGAGUUUGGGGUUAGGUUAGGGUUUUGCUUUGCAGGGUACCCAUAUCUGCUUCUCUGAAAGGCGAAAACCAUGGGUCGUAUGCAUAGUCGUGGUAAGGGUAUUUCCUGCUCUGCUCUGCCAUACAAGAGGACUCCCCCUACCUGGCUCAAGAUCUCUUCACAAGACGUUGAUGAGAAUAUAUGCAAGUUCGCCAAGAAGGGUUUGACGCCGUCUCAGAUUGGCGUGAUUCUCCGAGACUCUCACGGCAUUGCUCAGGUCAAGAGCGUCACUGGCAGCAAAAUCCUUCGCAUCCUCAAAGCUCACGGGCUUACGCCUGAGAUUCCGGAGGAUCUGUACCAUUUGAUAAAGAAGGCAGUUUCAAUCCGGAAGCAUCUUGAGAGGAACAGAAAGGACAAGGACUCCAAGUUCAGACUCAUCCUUGUCGAAAGCAGAAUCCACCGUCUUGCCCGUUAUUACAAACAAACUAAGAAGCUCCCCCCUGUUUGGAAAUACGAAUCAACAACUGCCAGCACCCUGGUUGCUUAGGGAAUGUUUCAGCUCAUGCUUGUAGGGUUGCUAGACUAGCAAGCUGAGGUGUCAUUUUGAUAUUAAUUUGGAGGUUUGGUGGGGGGAUAGGUGUCUUAUUUUUUGCUGAGAACCUCUGAUUAGACAGAAGGGCAUUAUUUUACGCAAUUUUGACUGCAAUGUAUGGUUUUCAUUUGAAGUAAUAUAUUAAACUGUUGAAAAUUAUUUUAAAGUA